UUUAAUGGGAGAGAAAAUGGUGACAGUGAGGCAGUAGUGGUUUAUCGGUGGCUCAUCUACCCCAACCACAACCCAACGCUAUUAAUUGCUUCCAAGUACCUCCUCCACCUCUAUAUCAUUCAAAUUCAAUCAAUCAUCUCUGCAAAUUCAUCAAUCCGCCCCAACGCCUUCCUCCUGCACUUCUUUCACAUACCCAUUUCCGCACCGUAACAGCAGAGCCCAUCUCUUUUUUAGAGUAGAUCUUGAAGGUAAGAGGAAGAGAAGAUGAAGGUGAUUGUCACGACUCGUAGCGGCCGAGAACUCGUCAAGGGGGGCCUUGAGCUCAGCGAUUCUGCUACUGUUGCUGACCUGCAGGGGGCGAUUCACAAACGAACCAAGAAAUACUAUCCUUCCAGACAGCGAUUGACCCUCCCACUCCCACCUGGGUUGAAGGAAAGGCCUACCGUCCUUAACUAUAAAAAGAGUCUGAAGGACUAUACUAAUGGCAACACAGCUGAAUUAACGGUUGUUUUCAAGGAUCUUGGUCCACAAGUCAAGUAUAGCACGCUUUUCUUUUGGGAGUACUUGGGUCCUUUGAUUAUCUAUCCUAUCUUCUAUUACUAUCCUGUGUACAAGUUCUUUGGGUACAAGGGGGAGCGUGUUAUUCAUCCCGUUCAGACAUAUGCCCUGUAUUACUGGUGUUUCCACUACUUUAAACGUAUUAUGGAAACCUUCUUUGUGCACCGUUUCAGCCAUGCGACAUCGCCUCUUUCAAAUGUGUUCCGAAACUGUGCUUAUUACUGGACUUUUGGUGCUUGGAUUGCUUAUUAUGUCAAUCACCCUCUUUAUACACCUGUAAGUGAUCUCCAAAUGAAAGUUGGCUUUGGUUUUGGGUUGCUUUGCCAAAUUUCAAACUUCUAUUGCCAUAUAUUGUUGAGAAAUCUUCGAAGUUCUGAAGGGGGUGGGUACCAAAUCCCACGUGGCUUUCUAUUCAACUUUGUUACAUGUGCUAACUAUACAACUGAGAUAUAUCAGUGGCUAGGCUUCAACAUUGCAACACAGACUGUGGCAGGUUAUGUUUUCAUGGUGGUUGCCGCUGCCAUAAUGACAAACUGGGCCCUCGCCAAGCACCGCCGUCUCAAGAAGCUAUUUGAUGGGAAAGAGGGAAGACCAAAAUACCCCCGACGAUGGGUGAUACUGCCCCCAUUCCUGUAAGAGCAAACACUCGGUGCUUUUGUUUUUAUCACGAUCCAAGUUCUGCACUGCCCGGUUGAAUGUAGUCAAUUCUCAAAGAGAGUUCUCUUUAAUAGAGAUCACGCAUAGAUCUUGCCAGCUAGCUCGUGUUUUACGUCCUGACAUCCGUUCAUUAGCAUCAUGGUAAUGGUGUUUUAGGUGUCGUUAGUCGUUACCCUUGUGGUCUCUGUUUCAUUUGCGAUCAAACAUCUUGCAUAUGUUGAGUAUUUCCUCGACUUAGUCAGCACGUUAAGCAGAACAGAUGAUUUAAAAGUGCAAAAUCUUGCUGUUAGCAGACAUUUAUCCUCUGUUUUGGUUAUGAUAUCUACCGUUGCUGCAAAA